AUGGACACAUCUCACCCAUUAAACAGUCUCAUGGUCGUGAGAAGCCUUGGUCCGGACACGGAUCCAUUUGGUCCAAAGAGGGACGAUGAAGAGAUUCUUGGUCCAGAGGUGCCAUAUCUUAGUGCCAUAGGAGCUCUGAUGUAUUUAGCUGGCCAUACACGACCAGACAUCAGCUUUGCUGUGAACUUACUAUCUAGGUUCAGCUCAUGUCCGACCCAAAGGCACUGGAAUGGGAUAAAAUAUGUACUUCGUUAUUUACAAGGAACGAAGGAUUUGGGUCUUAUGUUUACUAACCAAUCUAAGGAAGGUUUAGUUGGUUUUGCUGAUGCAGGUUACCUAUCUGAUCCACAUUUUGGUAGAUCUCAGACUGGAUAUGUCUUUACACAUGGAGGGACAGCAAUAUCUUGGCGGUCCAUGAAACAGAUCAUGGCGGCUACUUCCUCAAAUCAUGCAGAAAUAUUGGCGAUACAUGAGGCUAGUCGAGAGAGUGUAUGGUUGAGAUCCAUGACACAACACAUCAGUACUACUUGUGGUAUAACCAAAGGAAAGGAUCCACCUACCAUCCUAUACGAAGAUAACACAGCCUGCAUUGCUCAUCUUAAAGAUGGAUACAUCAAAGGAGACCGGACGAAGCACAUUCUUCCAAAGUUCUUCUUUACCCACGAGCUCCAGACGGCAGGAGAGGUCCAAGUGUUACAAGUCAGUUCAAGUGAGAAUUCAGCCGAUCUCUUCACCAAGUCCUUAGCUACAUCAGUGUUCAAAAAGCUCGUGCAUCAGAUAGGCAUGCGUCGACUGAAGGAUCUACGGUGA